UGUUUCAGAUUCAAUCGCUCCUCUUAAUUUUUUUUUUGUUUUUAUUAAAAAAAAUUAACUUAUGUAGAAAACUAGUUUUGAAUGAUGUUUAUUUUACUCAGAAGAGAGACCACGUUUAGAUUACGAAUCUCAAAAAUUAAUAUUAAUAGAAUUGAGCAUUUAGUUAGAAUCAGAAUAAAAUGCAAAGCUGUGAAGAAAAUGAUAGUAAAAAUAAUAAAAAAAUCAUUGAAAAAUUUCAAAAUUGUCAAAAAUUUUAUGGCAUUGAAAUUUCAGCAAAACAUAUUGAAUUAUUAAAUUUUAAAAAUUUUAAAAUAAAUCCGCUCUUCGUAUCGGUAUUAUGGGAUAAUUUUUCUGAUUUGACCUUUUCAUUAAUUAAAUCAUUAGAAUUGAAGAAUAAAGCAUAUUUAUUGCAUUUGAGUUGUUAUCAAAUGACUACAGAAAGGCUAAAGAAUAUAGUGCGAACAACAAAUGUUAAAAACGUUUUAAUAAUCCGAGGAGAUUUAGUUGAUAAGGAACAAGAAUUUAAAUAUGCCAGUGAUAUGGUUAGAAAGCUGAAAGAAAUUAAAAAUGAUAUCUCAAUUGGAGUCUGCGGCUAUCCAGAUAUUCAUCCUGAAGCAAAAUCUAUGGAAGAAGAUUUAAAAAACCUGAAGUUUAAGGUUGAUUCUGGUGCUGAUUUCAUUAUAACACAAUUGUGUUUUUCUACUGAUAGCAUUAUAAAUUUUAUUAAAAAAUGUCGUGAAAUUGGAAUAUAUCAACCAGUAAUUCCAGGUGUAUUUGUCCCAACUUCAUGGUCAAAUCUUGAAAAAAUGGUGAAAAUAACAAAAGUAUCAAUGGAAACGAGCUUACUUAAACAAUUUGAGUCAUAUAAGGCUGAUGAUGAACGUUUCAAAGAAUUUUCAACAAAAACUUUCGAAAAUAUGAUAAAGGAACUAGUUUUCAAUAAAAAAUCAUAUUGUAAUGGUGUUCAUCUUUUUACUUUGAAUUCUUUUGAAGUGGCACAGAGAAUUGUUAAUAAAUUAUUUUGACGAAAUG